UCGCCUCGACGACUCAUCUGCCACGAGGCUCCUCCUGCGCACCAGACCAGCGGUCGACAGGCCUCAGGCACCGGUAGCCAUUUGUCUUCGGGCUCCGUAGACGGACCAACCAGCCUCCACUCCGGUCGGCCUGGCAGGCGGGGACCGGCCUCGAUGACAACUGAGCCUGGCAGCAUCACUGGCAGCCCAGCCGAGACGGGUGAGACAUGUGCUUAG